AUGCCGUCACCCACAACGACCUCGCCGCUGCGGUCCCACUCGACGGCGGGAAAGUACCCGGCACCGUCAACCAAAAUCUCCUCACCACUACGCUCCAAUUCCACCGCCGGAAAGCUACCCGCCCGCGAACGUCUCUCCACCUCACGCCCCUCCCUCAACGACUUGACCCACACCCCAGAAAAGAAGCCCUCGAAAACACCCGCCAGCUUCCUCAAAAAAGUCUGGCGAAACAGCUUCAAACGACUAUCCCAUCGCACAAGUCUGCAUGACCUGAACAAGUUGGGACAGAAGGGCGCCAGCGAGACGCAGCUGCCUCUCAGUCAGACGCGGCUGAGGACAUCGCUUUCGUUGAGCGAUUUGAGGUCGGCGCCGUUGUUGGAGGGGACUGAGCUGAAUUUGUUGGUGUUGGAUGAGGAGGUGACGAGACGCCUGAGUGUUAUCAGUAAAUCUUCAUCGAAACACUCUGAGAAGGUUGGAGAAGAUGUCGACAAACCGGUUGAAAAUGAGGCAAAUCAAUUCGUUGCUAGUGUUCAAAGUGGGAGCGAGAAUGCGAAGGAAGAACUCCAACCGGUACAAAAAGCAGAAAGCGACCACGAAACGUCCGAAGCGGAGAUGACAAUGGAGGAGCUUGACGAACUUCUCUCUGAAGCCAAGGAAGAAGCUGCUGCGAUAUUGGAUGUCAAGGCCGCCUCAAUGGAGGUCAAACCUACGCACACUAGGUCAUCUUCGAACGAUUCCAUUCCGCCGAGGCGUCACUCUGACUCAGCUGAUCCGCGAACGCUCCAGUUGGUAGACGACGUUCGCGAAUCAUUUCCGUCCAAAAGCAAUCCCGCCACACAUGAGGGGGACUCUGACCGCCGCCAAGAAGGUCAGAACGUCGAGGAGAAUGAAGAGUGGAUCAGUUCAUCCUCGGCUUCCGAUCAGGAGGACAUUGAGAUCGAUGAUGACACCGAACCAGAAGAAAGCUUUUAUGCGCGCGCCAUCCGUCGUGCCUCCUGGGGAUCCAUCUACACCGAUGCGGACAGUGUUUUCAGCACCGUACCGCCAUCGUUACCAGAAGCGGACGCGCAGUCUGUGAAAGCAAGCCCUUCGAAACGGCAACGGAAGCGGUUCAAGCGGGUCGGAAGAGUGUUUUCACAGGCGGGGGCCGAUGGUUUGCAAUCGGAUGCCGAAAGUGGCAAGAAGGCAGAUGAUACGGCAAGUGAAACAUCAUCGGAAGCCAAACAAUCUUCCGACCAAGCACGCUACGAUCCCCGCCGCUCCUUAUACAGCAACGCCGGUUUCCUUCUCCGCGGUCGUCGAGACCGCACCUCCACCGCGACGUCCCUCGAGACCCUCCUCCAUCGCCGCAGCGUCGCCAAGCGGUUGACCCUAACAGUCAUGCCAGAGGACAUCCGCGAGGAGACCGAAGAGGACGACCAAAGCGCGCGAUCCUCCUACUCCAGCGCGCUUUACCACGACCUCACCCCCAUCAACACCUUCCUCCCAUCCAGCGCUAGCUCUGUAGGUGAUUUCGAGGGGUCAGAAAGCGGCGCCUACUCCCACCUCUUAGGCCGACGCGAAUCUGAUUCAUCCACUCACUCGGCCUUCACCUCCCGCUCCCGACUCGGUGUCCUCAACCUAGCCGCUGACGGCGCAGCGCUUCCAUCCCCGACCUCCGCACGAUCACCCUCAGACGAUGACCGCGACAUCUUCGGCAGCCUGUCCCGCUCUUUACGCGAAAGUGAGGAAAACGUGUCUUUUGCGCCCUCCAGACGGACCACGAGCGCCUCAUCCAUCUCGACAUUGUACGAAACGUUGUUGAGGGACUAUACGUCUGAGCGAAGCGCGGAUGCGGCGGAGGGUCGGCAUGCCGAGGACGCAGAGUUCGAUAGGUCGAUGGGGAACGAUGCAGCGGACCAGCAGCAUGCCCAUGCGAACGCGGUUGCGGUCGCGGGCAUGGCGAAGCUGGACAACCUGUUGGGUGAUAUCGCGGCGUGGUACGAUGAUGCCGCCGAUUCGCAGAGUGUGAGGAGUCGGAGGACUUCCUCCCAGACGUAUAUCGACGAUACCCCAACCCCCGCCGCUGAUUCGAUAGACGGAAACAGGGAGUCGAGUUCUACGACACCGCCUCCUUUGUCCCGCCCUCCCUCACCGAACGAAGCUUCAUCGUCUGCAUUUCCGUCCACCUCAGUCUCCCCGACUAGACCAUCAAGCAGCAGCUCCUCCAGCCCCGCCCGCGCUCUGGGUAUCUCGCAAACACCCAGCCCAUCCCGGAGUAGGUUGUCGAUUUACAGCUUCGUCGAGGGGGAUGAUAGCGGGGGCAGUGGGGAUGAAGGUAUCCAGACUGUGGAUGUCGCGGGUGUGGAGGUUGGGAAUGUGUUUAAAGUGGGCGAGGGGGAUGUAUUGGUCGAGCAUGAAUGGACUGGUGUCCCGACCGGGAAUGAGACCGAAGCCGGCGUAAAGCGGUACGAUAUAGCCUUACCGUUCGACGGCGCACAAGGGGAGGUGACACGGUACCUCGUCACCCUCCACAACACGGAAAACGCCAUCGUCCCAUAUGCAUGGUCCGAGCACCCCGCAUCGAUAACAGUAACACCCACAAUGGGAUGGAUGCCACCCCUCGGAGACACCAUCGUCGAACUCCGCAUCACACCAGCCUCGACCUCCACAACACUCACACUCUCAACCCAGACCGUUCCAAAAUUCCACCUUAACAUCACACCCACCCCACCCCUCGCAGUCCACAUACCCCGCACCUCAACGACAAGUUCAAGCACAUCCUCACCGCUCCGUGCACCCCCGACCUCACCCCUCCCACCCCUCCCAACAACCCCACCGUUACCAUUCCCCGACUCCCCAGAGCAGCCAAUGAGAACAAAAUCGACGAAAUCGACCAGAUCAGCGAAACGCUUGACGGUGGUCGGGGUGCAAGGCGCGGUGGGGAGGGAACGGAGGAAGAGCAGGCAUGGGUUUUGGGGGCUUAAAGGGAAGGCGAAGAAGAGUAAAAAAGUCAAGGACGCGGGGAUGGAGAGGAAGUAA